AUGCCUCCUAAACUCGUCACAGACGCCGACGGCUGGACCUCCAAGGCCCCGCGCACGCCCAAGGGUAAGCCCAACCCCGAGAAUUUCCUGACUCUUAUCUUGCGGCCACCAGCAGGAUUUAACUUAGCGGUCGUCCGUCCACAAGAUCUGCACGCUAGUCUGGCUCUAUCGGCAGGCCUCACGAAUUCUGAAGCAAGCUCGACCACCCUCAGAAUACGCAACGAGAAGAACUUGGGCGUGAUAGAAUGUGCCGAUGUAGCCGCAGCCAGGAAGUUGCAAAACGCUGAAUCAUUCACCUACGACAAUCAAACGUACCCUUCGAGGAUCUAUGCCAUGCCGCCACCUGACUCAUGCAAGGGAAUUGUACGCAAUAUCGAACCCAACACAUCAUCGGUGGAUCUAAUGGAAGGACUUCGAGCUCCCAACUACGAAAUACUUAGUGCACGCAUGAUGGGUGCCACCGCAACGGCCCUUGUCACGUUUCGAGGCACGUACAUCCCAUAUGAAGUUAUCUACAGAGGGGGCAUCCUCCGCUGCGUUCCACACCAACCCCGAGCUCAAUUUUGCACCGCCUGCUUAGCUAUCGGCCACAGACUGGAUGUCUGCCCCAACAGCAAUGUUAACCGUUGCAAGAUUUGUGGGCACACAACGACCGACUCGAACAGCGCACACCACUGCAAACCUGGCUGUCCCAACUGCGGAAAGGACCAUGCGGCAGAUGAUCCAGAUUGCGAGACCCGUAAGGCAGCAGACCAAGCGGUGCGCCGGGCAGCCUACCUCAAGCGACUAAGACAUAGACAACAUGCCAACCCAGAGAUCCAUGUUCAAGGUGAAACACCACCUGCACCUACCCACAAAGUCGUCAUUGUUCGAGAGGAAAGCCAGAGCCCAGAACGGAACAGGAACCGCCACAGGAGCCGCCACAGGAGCCCCAGUAGCAGCCGCAGUAGAAGCCGCAGCAGAACCGGCCCCACUGUCCAGGGACCCAUAGUGCGCAACACCUCUAUAGCCUCUGUGAAGGCCCUCUCUGGGAGCCCCAGUACAACAAGGGAAGCUAAGAGACUUCCACGCAAGCACCAGGUGACCACCGACCGGAAUAUCGCCUUGCCGGCCAACCGAUGCCCAGCCAGGCUGUUCCACUUGAAGCUAAGGCCGGACACGUCUGUUUUUCACAAGGACCUCGUGGUGGAGACGGCACAGCAUGGCCGAAUCAAGCCGGAAAUCGGACACAUAUACAGCGGAGAACUUGUUGGCGAGCCCUCGAGUCACGUGUACGGCGCCCUGGUGGACGGCGUGUUCCACGGCGCCAUUCAGUCGCCGUCGGGCCGCUACUACGUGGAAAGCGCUCGGCGCUUCUUCUCGGGGCCCAAACCCUUCCACUCGGUGCUGUACAACGCGAGGGACGCGCGCUUUCCGGACACCGGUACGCCCGGCGGCUGGUGCGGAGUGCGCGGGGAAACCGAGCGCUGGAUGGACUCCGUGAUGAAGAGCCGUGCGACCUUGGCCGCCGCCGCACCGCCGCGGGCCGCUCGUCCUAAGGUCCGUCGACGUCGGGACACACUCGAGCGUUGGACGGCGAGCCCGAAGCGAGACCACCAGCAGGUUUCGUCCUCCACCCGCGGCGAAACCAAGUUGCGCGACGCUCGCUCUGACGACGAAGGAGGGACGGGCAACGCCUCGGCGCGCUCGUUGCCCGUGCACUCUCGGCGCGUGUGCAACUUGAAGGUGUCCGUGGACCAUAUGCUGUACGAGCACAUCUUCAAGACCGAGGAUCACCCGUCGCGCACGCGCGCACGCAUCACGGCUCUCAUCGCAGCGCACGUGAGCCGCGCCAGCUCCGUCUAUCGGCGCACCAGUUUCGGGGGCAUCCAGGACAUCAGCUUCAUCGUCCAGAAGAUCAGAAUCAACGACAGCCGCAGCUGUGCCGAAGGCGUGAAGGAGGACAACCCGUUCUGCUCGGAUGGCAUAGACGCGGGCUACCUGCUCCACCUCACCUCCAAGGAGAACAACGACGACUUCUGCUUGGCCUACACCUGGACCUUCCGGGACUUCGCCGACGGCAUCCUAGGCCUCGCGUGGAUUGCCAGGGCGCAACUGGGUCAGGGUGGCAUCUGCGAGAAGAACCGGCCGUCCGUGGACCAGAAGCCCGGCACGACGGAGUACCGCCAGUACUACCUGAGCCUCAACGCGGGCAUCAUGACGUUCCUCAACUACAACAACCCGGUGUCGCAGGCCGUCUCCGAAAUCACGUUCUGUCACGAAAUUGGCCACAACUUCGGAUCGCCCCACGAUGCGCCACCCGGCGUCAGCUGCUUCGGUGCGUGCGCUCCUUGUGGUACGCGCGGCAACUACAUCAUGUUCCCGUCGGCGACCAGGGGCUCCGAGUACAACAACGACAAGUUCUCGCCCUGCAGCAUACGCAACAUCACCAACGUCCUCAAGCCGAUGUUCGAAGGGCGAAGCAACCGCGAGAACUGCUUCCAGGUCGACAGCGGUCCCAUCUGCGGCAAUAACAUCGUGGAAGGUGACGAAGAGUGCGACUGCGGCUUCUUCGUCAACGACUGCCAGGAGAGCUGCUGCUACCCGCGCCACAACACACUCGGUGCGCCAGGAUGCACACUGCGCAAGGGCAAAGACUGCAGUCCGUCGGCCGGACCCUGCUGCAACAGCGAAUGUCGGCUGCACGACUCCAGCGUGAUGUGCAGCACAGAAGGCUUGUGCCGGAACGUGUCGUACUGCGACGGCGUCAACGCCAGCUGCCCGCCGGGCCCUCCGAAGCCGGACUUGACGCCGUGCAACGAGGGCACUCAGGUGUGCACGUCCGGCGAGUGCGCGGCGUCCAUCUGUACCAAGUACGGGCUCAAGGAGUGCACACUCACUGGAUCCGGAUACACGGUGGACGAGCUCUGCCUGCUCGCCUGUGAGGGAUCGUCAGGGGGCUGCCUCCCAGCGUGUGAUUUUCCAGCCAUGAAGGCCCACUGCGGCGCCAUGAUGACCCCCGGUGCUCCGUGCAACGGAAUGCGAGGUUACUGCGACGUUUUCCGCAAGUGCCGUGACGUGGACGCUGAAGGACCGCUGGCGCGCCUGCAGCGCAUCUUCUUCGGCGAAAAGUCCGUGAACAAGAUCAAGGAGUUCAUCACGGUGCAUCCUCUGCUGUCCGCGUUCGCGGCGCUGGGCUCAUUGUGGCUGAUGAUUGUUGUGUUCCGCUGCCUCGCUGUCCACACGCCCACCAGCAACCCGAACAAGAAGCCGGCCCACAAGCUCAAGGACACGCUCAAGCAACCUUGGAAGCUCUAGUGGACGACGGCCCGGGGUUGCGAAGGAUCGGCGACAAGGAAGAAGGUCUGAUCCGCACGGCAUCCGGUCGUGCGGGAAGAAGACCGCGUUUUUAUUUUUAAUUUUCUUCAGCGCGGCGAGUCAUCGUCGCUGUCUGAAAAAAUAUGUCUAUUGUUUUUAUGAGAUAUUCUGCUGGAAGGUAUGAAUAUAUACUUUGUCGCUGUAAUAAA